CAUGACGUUUCGGUCUCGUGGUUCGGGGGAAUUCUCUGGAUCUGACGUGAAUUUCGCUUCGCAAUCGUUUCUUUGUGCUCGCGUCUGUGUCCCAGUAGAGUUUCUGGUUUAGUAGGUGAACGUGCCUGCUCGGAAAUGAAGUUCGAUUUAGGGUUCAGAUGUGUUAUCCGAGUUGGAUCUGUAAUUUAAGGUCCAGAUUCCUAGUGUAGAUGAUAGCUUCCGAUAGAAUUAAGCGCGGGGUUGAAACUGGAUAAUUGAGAAUCGAUUGAUUGAAUCUUCGAUCUGGAUAUGUUACUAUGCCGAGAUUUUACGUGGACCGCAAUCUCAAUUCAAGAUCCUUCCGUGGAAAGGCCAAUGUGAGCUUUCUAAAUCUGGACGAUAAGAGUCGCUCCAGCUGUUCAGUUCCUUGGUCUUUCCCUAUAGUGGACAAUGGGCAAAUGCAAGGGUUGUGGAAAAUUAGGAAGAAUGAUGCCCAGGGAUGGGAACUCGAGUGCUUAUCUUUUCGCUCUUCUGCUCUCUCCCGUUGUUUCCGUUUGGGAAUGUGUCAUCCGUAAGAUGAGGUAUUCCUACAGACCUGAGUGGGUGUAGUUUGUACAUUUGGGCAUUACGUUAGGUUACUGAACAGUAAUUUAGGGUUUACAUACAUCACCAAAAGGAAGACUUGUCUUAAAGAAUAACAGUUAAUUGGAUAUGUUUUAGAGGAAUCUCCAUUUGAAUAGCAGUUAUAAACAUUAAACUUACUAGAGUCUGGUAGUUAUUAUGGAUAACUUGGCACAAAACAAAGGGCAACCUGUUGUGAGGAAAGUCAAAAAGAAGCAGGGGAAGGAUGAGCUGGAUCGACUCAAACAGGCUGAGAAGAAGAAGAGACGCCUGGAGAAAGCCCUCGCUACCUCUGCAGCUAUUCGUGCUGAGCUUGAGAAGAAGAAACUGAAGAAACAAGAGGAACAGCAAAAGCUUGAUGAAGAGGGCGCUGCAAUUGCCGAGGCUGUUGCCUUGCAAGUUCUACUUGGUGAAGACUCGGAUGAUGCAUGUAAGAUCGUCCUAAAUGAAGACACUGAGGGUUUUAAUCCUUGGGACUCUAAUGGCCAUUUUAACUUCUUUAUGGGUGGAAGGAGCGCUGAUGUGCCUUAUCACCAUAGCCUGAACUACGCGCUUGACCCAGUUGGAUGGAUCUCACAUUCUCAAGAUUCUAGAGUUGAGUGGGGUGGUAUUGGCGGUGGUGAUUGGGGAUGUUCCGAUGGAACCUAUGGACGCGAUCUACGUGGUCAAUUCAUCAAGAAUGGAGGUUGGGCUUCUACAGAUCUUUCGCCUGGCCUAAUUGCAGCCCAAGCUGUUUCCUCUCUGCGGAUAAGAGAAGAUGGGGAUGUGAACACCAUUCUUUUGAAUGGGAUGCUCGGAGGUUAGGCCAUUGGCCGAGAUAUCGUUGCAGUCUGAAAGGGGUGCUUUAACUAUGGUUUUUGAAGAUGGUUUUCUUCUGUAUAUAUCCGUGAAAGUCGCUGCAUUUGCUACGCAUCAGAAAUGGAACUCGUUAAAGUACUAUUGCCGGGUCUUGGGCUAUUUUCAAGCCUUUAUUUGAGUUAUGAUGUUUGACAAUCAGAGACAUGGAAACUCCUGUGGUGUAAUUUCUUCAAUGGAGAAAAUUAUCAGCUGUUCUUCCUGGUUUCAGAA